AUGCCUUCAAAGAGAAUAAAGGGCAAGCAUGUGGUUAGGUUCUCUUCAUUUGGACCGAUAAGUGUUCUUUCCCUACUCCAUCCAGACUGUGUUAGGGCUUAUGAGACAAACUUUAGAGGUCGUAUUAUGGUAAAGAAACACACAUAUGAUCCCGUUGCGAUUGCAACAUUACACAUUCCCAAGAUAGAAGAUCUCAUGAAACAUCAAAAGAUUGACCAGCUUUUGAAGGUUAAUACUGGUUAUAAUGAGGAUUUGUUCAAAAUCAUUUAUGCAUGGUUAGAAGAAAAGGAUGAUUCUAUUUUUCGUUUCUGUAUGGGUAGCCAAUCUUACCACUUUAAUCAAGAUAUUUGGAGACAUAUGUUUGUUAUUUCAAUAUCCAGUCAUGAAACAAACUUGUCCGAUUCUUCACUAUGUUAUAACUUUGAGUGGACGCCCUACUUAAACUCGUUCCUAAAGGCACCAAGGACAAACCUAGAAAACUUGGAAAAUUUGUCUACCGGAAACUUGAAGAGAAAUCCUCGCACACUUCAUUGGAUUUUCACUUAUAUUUUUCAUCCAAGAAAGGAUGAUCACUCUAGGAUUGAUCAAUCUGAGGUACACUUAAUGUACAUUCUUGAGAAUAAGUUUUUGAGUGUCAUAGGGGAUCAUCCUUGA